UGCUUCUUUUUUUGGAAGCAAUCCGUGAAAGUUGAAACCUAGACGAACAACUCGGCAAUCAGGAGUUCACAUAUAUAGGGAGCCCGUCUAUUCCAAGAACGUACACACAAAAUUCAGCCGUCCGCCCACACAUCCUUCGUAAAAUCACGGAUCUUUUGAAGCCGCAAGUGAAACUACAACGAAAUACAAAAGCUUUAAUGUAAGCUAUACUUGACCGCUUGUUAAGUUGUUGUUGAAGAUCCAAGUGUUCGUAUCUACGGUACAGUCCGAAUUCUAAAUAAUCUAAAUGCUAUUUCUGGCACCACCUGACCACUGGCAGUUCUGCACAACCAACCAUGAAUUGUUCACGUUGCGUUGCGCAUGAUUGAGUACAGUACACUACGCUGCUAUUGAACUUGACUCUGCUAUCUACUACGGUUUGGCACCUGAUGAACCGUUGUCGUUCAUAACGACUCAACAAUCCAACCGACCUCUCCUAGUGGACUAGAAACAAAAUGGCCGAGGAGCUGGUUACCACGACAACCUCUGAGACGUCACCAAGCAUGUCGCCCUGUUCUCCCCGAGACCACAAGACCCCUAAAAUCUCCCCAAAUUGUCGGCAGGUCAUGUGCGCCGUUUGCGAGGACCAGGCAACAGGCCGGUACUUUGGAGCGCAGAUAUGCGAAGCUUGCAAGAGUUUCUUCAUUCGGAGCACCAAGAAAGGCAUGCCCAAGUUCAAGUGUCAGUCCUCCAGUGCCUGUCCCGUCACUCCCACCUCCAGACUUCUCUGUCAACACUGUCGAUUCCAGAAGUGUUUGAAUGCUGGAAUGUGCCGAAAAGUCAAGCAGCCAAGCAAGGACCCACCAGCAGACAAUACACCAUGCAAAGUCUGCAAUGACAUGUCUUCGGGUAUCCAUUUUGGGGUCUUCACAUGCGAAGGAUGCAAAGGUUUUUUCCGUCGAAGCUUGAAGGACGGGGCCUCGUAUAUGUGCGGUGAUGAAAAGAAAUGCGUCAUUACCCCGACGUCACGUAACGUCUGCCGGUAUUGCCGCUACCAGAAGUGCCUGCAAGUCGGCAUGUCCAGACAAAGUAUUAAGCUAGGCCGGCAUCACAAACUUGACAUGGAAGUUUCAGACAGCAGUAGCAAAAUGCCUCGGGUAUCUCAACCGAUGGAUACUGCCAGCUGGGGGGAAUGCUCUCCGAGUCAAGCUUUUGAUGAUGAUGAUGAUGAUGAGACCACAAUGGAAGUAAACUCUUCUUCACCCCUGCUCGGUGGGCCGGGAGUCGGCGAGUCGCUGGCUGUACCAGAGAGCUUUGCGAGGGGAUUCGGUGGAAGGAGUUCCCCCAUCAUGGACUUCAAAUCUGUUCAGCAGGUCAGGGCAAGCCCCCCAGCUCCUACGGUCACUUCAGUAACAGGCUUUGCAUCUAAGGGUGGAGGCUUGAGCUCUGGAAUCUCUCCUAGCUCGGGGAAUCCAGGAUUUACUGGGAACGCCCCAACUCUUGGCAGAUACCCAAACCCUGGGGCUUGUCCAAAACUACCACAUACAUCUCUGGGACCUUUUAGUGGUCUGCCAACCAGUAGCAUGCCGAGUUCUACAACCAUUCACUCUCCUCAGCAUCCUAUGAGUUCAGUGCAGUAUACUCCAGUCUGUAAUGCCUUCUCUACAAUGCCUUCCGGAGGCUCAGACUUUACUUUCAGACGUAAUUAUUUUGAUGAUGGGUCACAUUCCACUGCUGACACCAACCUGAGCUUACCAAACCCCCAGGCAAUGGCAUUAGACAGCCAGUCCAUGCCAACCACACCUGCUUUCAGUUUUGAGGUCAGCUCGGGGAGCAGCCACAGUCCGUCAUCUCCAGCUUCUUUUCAGGCAAGAAACAGUGAUGAAAUGACCGACAAAGGCAUGGAAAGCUUGGCAGCAGCUUCUCCAAGUAGACCCAUGAUGAGCCAGGAUGCUUCCCGGUCACUACACCAGGACAUGUACCAGGACAAAACUAGCAAGCCAUUUGCCAUGAUGGAUCCUGGUUCAAGUGUUAAAACGUCUGUAAAGGUCAAACAGGAGGACAGUGGUUCUUGCAUCACAGAGCCCUUUCAGAGACAACACAACCCUGAAGCCAUGAGGAGGGGUACCGGCCCAGACCUAAGUAGAGUCCCUGGCAAGCAUUCCCUGAGUGACGACAGUGAGAAUAAUGAGCAACUAAAGAGUGCCAAGAUGUCACCAUCGACACACAAGCUACAACAGGAGCAGUCGGAGGGCAGCGUGAAAAACCUGGCUUAUGCCCAGAAGGUAGCCAGGCGUCUGGAGCUUGGAUGCCAGAAAGGAGAGAUUCUGAGUGAGGAGAGUGAAGCUCUAUUGAGCAGGACCUCACAGCCUGUGCAGAAGUUUGAGCGCGAUUUGAUCAUUGUUGAGGUAACACAGGCAUUUGAGGAACUGGCGAUACUUUUCCAGACAAUGUCUCAAUCCAAGCCGCAGAUAGAGGCUACCGAAGAGUUACGCACAAAGAUGGACAAAGCUUCACCGGAAGCCAUGCGGUUAUUUCAGGAGAGAGUGUCCCUGAAGAUCAUUGGCUCUGUCAACUUUGCAAAGAAUAUACCUGGGUUCCGUGAGAUCCCUGUCAGUGACCAGAUGAACCUGAUCAAGUUGGGCACCUUCCCCUCCAUCCUGUGCCACCUCUGCUGGCAAGGAGAGGAGUAUUCCUGGCUGGAGCACACUUUCUUCACCGUGCCGUCCCUGGAGGCGCUGGUCUGCGGCAUGAAGACCAGCUGCUACAGCUUUCGGGAGGAUUUCUCCAAGGUGACCUUCGACGAGCACGAGAUUGCGCUCAUCAUGGCUCUGAUCUUCAUCAAUCCAGAUCCCAGUGGUCUGGAAAGCGUAGACUUUAUUCUCAAUCUCCAUGGCAAACUACGUCUGAUCUUCAAGCAUUACUGUCUUGAAAAAUACGGGGAGAUGAAGCAGUACUUGAAAUUCAUCAGCUUCCUGCCGCGAUUGUACAAAAUUGAGCUGUUGCACAAGAAGAGCAUCAAGGAUGGUUACCACGAGCAGUCGGCGGAUGUCACCCUUCCCGCGCUCUUUGCCGAAAUCAACUUGUAAUGAUAAAAGGCAGUCCAUACAGCACCGACCGUGGUAAUCCAAAAUAUAACAUACAAUGUACACAGAACCUGCCACUUAUAUACUUUAUUGUGUUGUAGUUAGCUGAUAGUAUUGAUGUGUAUAAUUAUCUAAAUGUACACGCACUACAUUAUUAUUACCUCGUGCUUGCCGGGCCCAUUGAAAAGUCUGAAAACAGUGGCGAGAUGGUUUAUUGUUCAUUGUACAGGGUGAGUCAAAAAAGCAGAACCCAAACCCCAAAAAUUAUAUUUCACAUUUA